UGUUCAUCGUUCGUAUUGGAUAAUCCAAGCGAUUCACAAAACAUUCCAUUAGUCACAAUUCCUGAGCCAACUUGGACUCAAACUCCAUCCAUUGUAAAGAUCGCAAACGGUACGUAGGACUGAUAUGGGCAGUAUCCAACUUCGUUUACGGACAUGGUUGUAGAAGAGACUAAUGCAUUAGUAAUAAUAAUAAUAAUAAUAAUAAUGAUGAUGAUGAUGAUGAUGAUGAUGAUGAUGAUGAUGAUGAUGAUGAUAAUGACAUACAUCUUCAUAAUAGAGAGCUUUUUUUUCUUCCGGCGCUGUUUUUUUUAGGUCAUUAUCAAGCACUUGGGCGCGUCAUUCACAUGAAAUAUUUACAUGACCAGUUGAUUGAACAUGAAGAUUUUAGCUUUGCUGAUUCAAGGAGGAGCAUGGAUGAUCUCGUACAACAACUAGAUAUACUGGCAGAUACUCUAUACAUAAAG